GAUCGGCCACAGGGAGCAGGACAUGCCUCAAGCUUUUUCUAGCUAAGUUUUUUUUUUUUUUAGAACUUCAUGUUUCAUCACUAAACAGAAAAGUCACACUUACACUCUGAUGGAUGUAUACUACUAGGUCACGUGAUUACAAGGAGUUCAUGUCUGUAGAGUUUAUUUAAAGCCUAUAGGGUCUAUGUCUUUCAUAAAUUGAUGAAUAAGUACCAUUGGUCAUCGCUGUAAUGGUGAAGUUGACCAUACAGGUCUAUUAGAUUAAGUUGGAGUCAUCAGCUGAUCGAGACACUUGAACGACAGUAAGUAGGUGAACCAGAGAUGCCGAUAAAAUCUAGUGACAGUGACACUGACGUACUGUCACUGUCAGAUCAGUUCAUUGACAUCUACGACGAUGAUGACGAAGAGGAAGACGAUGAAGACAUUUUCUCGUCAGAACCGGAUGACUUGCCGGACUCUACCACGGGGGAGGACGGGAAGACUCACAGGGAUAGGAGCGGCGAGGACACAGGCUCGGACGCUGGCAGCACCAGGAAAGGUGACCAGAGCUCUGGUGAGGGCGGCGGUCAAAAGAAGAGGGGCCCCAAAAAGAAGGCUCUGACCAAGACUAGGCAGGUGAAGCUUCGGGUGAGAAGGGUCAAGGCCAAUGCAAGAGAGAGGAACCGAAUGCACGGACUGAAUUCCGCCCUGGAUGAGCUGCGAAACCACGUCCCUUGUCACUCCAAGACUCAAAAACUGUCCAAGAUUGAAACGUUACGACUCGCCCGGAACUACAUUCACGUAUUGGCUGAGAUCCUCAAGUCGGGCAUCAGACCGGACAGUGUGACGUUCGCCAAAGCUCUGUCCAGAGGUCUAUCCCAGAACACCAUGAACAUGGUCGCAGCAUGUCUUCAGCUAAACCCUAGAACACUUCUGCCAGAGUCCACCUACUCCAAGCCUUUUCAAUUCAUGUACGAUAACUCUAUGGACUUUUCAGGCAGGUUUCCGCAAGAUCCUUACGGCAUGUUUGCAUUUCAACCUAUUGGAUGCAGCCCUGACCUUACAAUGGUGGGCCCACAUCAAAGUUAUGGACCAUGCCAGCAGAUUAUGCCUUUCGCUCCUGUGCCAAGUAGUUGCUCGCCAACAGCUACUAUCCCAUACCAAUAUCCGAUGAUGGACCAUACAAGCCCCUCCUUUCACAACAAUAAUAACGCCAAUGCAUUGAUGGGAAAUGUGUGUGCAAAUCCUUGUCAGAAUCCAAAUUUUUUGACAUGCGACAUUCGGGAGUCAGAGAGUUUCGUUAGAGCAAACUUCAAUUCACAUCCUGGGAUGGACAAGAGGAGACAAUCUCCACAACAAUCAUCAGCAGCAAACGCAUGUUUAUCUCCCCCUGCACAACGUCUGGGAAGUGAGGCACAGAUGUCUACAUGUUCUCAUUUUAUCAGCAGCACUGCAGACAUGCAUUCAACAUCUUUAAACCAAGUGCGCUCAACUGCGCCCAGCUGUUUUGCCGAUCCAUCAAUGUCUCAGCUGUCACCUCAUAGAGUUUCCAGCAGUGUCCAGUCUUCCUGUAGACAGCUGCAAAUAAAGACAAGUCCCAGAUACCCGAACACGGUCAAUCGAUCUAAUUCAUCGUGUGCCCAGAACGCUCCACACACGGUGCCCGAAGACUUGCCCCUGGACACGGAGUGUUCAAUUGAAAGUGAUUUGGCUAUGAUCACAUCUUCAGACAGUAUUUUUCAAUUAAACUUGCCCUGUUGACUAUAGACACAAGUCAAUUCCACUAGUAGGCAGAUAGAUGUAGCUCAGUAUAUGAGAUUUAUGAUCGUUGUGUAUUGGAAGGAUGCAUUCGAUGAACGAAAUAUUGCAUAAAACACACAACGUACCCCCAGCACUCCGCGCUUUUAUCAAGUCGAAAGCAGAAAACUAUUUUACAGUUAGAGAGUAAACUUAGCAAUUUGUUUUAUGUUAGCAAUUUGUUUUGUGUUAUAGAGACGUCUUAGUAAAAAUAGCAGUUCACUUCUUAUUUUCGUAUAAGACGAAAGUGUGCAAUAAGCGAAUGUAUCGUAACGAAUAAGAAACACUGUAGAAGGGUAGAACCAAAUGUCAACAUAUCUGGCAAUGAUCUGUACACACAUAGUCACAACGUAUUGUUCGUAAAAUGUUUGCUUGUAAAAUCUUUUACAUGUUUCGGAUGUUCCUUCAGAGUUGAAGAUAGUUUACUUCUUAAUCCAAACCUCCCUCAGGACGACGGGGGAUUGGAGCGGUCAGGGUUUGAACCCUCGACCAUCGAUAAAUCCGAACGACAGUCCAGCGCGAAAACCGCACGACCAGGCAGCAAGUCUACUCCUGGUGGCCUGACAUAACUUUCUUAAAGCAUUGCCUCUUUUAGUCACACUAACAGAUAGAACAGUUCAGAGUUUGUUAGUUUUAUAUUUAUUGUGAUUCCUUGUAGUUAUCUUAAAUAUACGUUUAAUAUUGACGGUGUAAAAUACAUAAGUUCAUUCGAACAUUAAUGGUAGUAAUUAUUGUAUUGUAUUGCAGGUUAUUAAUCAAGCUUUUCUCACAGCUGAAAUUCUUUUAUCCAUUUUUGUAAUAGCUGCGCAUUUGGCAGGUUAAACAAUGCGUGUUUUGGGGAGCAUAUGUCUGUGUGCUUGAUUGACAUAAAAUACGCUCUCUGUGGUGAGCUGUUUAAGGACACACAUAACUUUCACAUUUUUGUUCUUCCCAUUCUGACCUAACAAUAUUAUACAGUACAGUGUAUGCAAUUAGGUCUCUAUCUGCAUGGUCAUUAGAAAUGUUUGAUGACCUACAGUAUAGUGUAUGCAAUUAGGUCCCUACCUGCAUGGACAUUAGAAAUGUUUGAUGACCUACAGUAUAGUGUGUGCAAUUAGGUCCCUACCUGCAUGGACAUUAGAAAUGUUUGAUGACCUACAGUAUAGUGUGUGCAAUUAGGUCCCUACCUGCAUGGACAUUAGAAAUGUUUGAUGACCUACAGUAUAGUGUGUGCAAUUAGGUCUCUAUCUGCGUGGACAUUAGAAAUGUUUGAUGACCUACAGUAUAGUGUGUGCAAUUAGGUCCCUACCUGCAUGGACAUUAGAAAUGUUUGAUGACCUACAGUAUAGUGUGUGCAAUUAGGUCCCUACCUGCAUGGACAUUAGAAAUGUUUGAUGACCUACAGUAUAGUGUGUGCAAUUAGGUCCCUACCUGCAUGGACAUUAGAAAUGUUUGAUGACCUACAGUAUAGUGUGUGCAAUUAGGUCCCUACCUGCAUGGACAUUAGAAAUGUUUGAUGACCUACAGUAUAGUGUGUGCAAUUAGGUCCCUACCUGCAUGGACAUUAGAAAUGUUUGAUGACCUACAGUAUUCAUAACUUGUACAUCAUGGUUCUUGUUGUUUACACUUGAAGUGCAAUAUCCUCCACUGUGCAAUUGUUUACUCAAUCUUUGAGUUUACUUUAUACAAUCUUUGUUUCUUUCAUCAUUCCAAUGAACAUAUUUUAGAUGGAAUAAUAUUUUUACUGUUUUUUUUGUGUGUGCCUAGAUUUGUUUACUUUAUGCGAUUGUGUGCGAAAGAUUCGUUAUUCAUUGACCAUUUACAAAUCACAAUAAACAUUUGUGGUCAACUGUUAUAUUAGAGAUCGCCUAUUUGAAAACGUUUUUUUUUGUGUAUUGGAAGUGUUUAAUUAUUAUGUUUUAUUAAUAGUUUUAUUCAUAUAUCUAAUUAUGUCUGUUAAGCCUUAUACAAAGUGAUGUUCAGUUUCGGGACGCUGGUAGAGGUCUACGCUAGAAGUGAAAUGAAUAUUUUAUAACUGCAGCUAAUCUUUGAAGUUUUGGUUCCAAGUGUUUGGUUUUUAAAUGUCAGAACAUUCCAAAUAAGUCCUAACCUUUAGAUGACAUGAACCAAUCUAUGGAAACAUGUAUUAUUAUACAAAUAAAAUAGCUUAACAAGGAGAAGGCAUUCAAUAGAAAAGCUCAUAUGGAGGGUGAAUAAGUUUUACUAAAAACAGAUUUACCCUUGCGAGCUCAGACUUACAUAUACACUGUGCCCAUUAUUAUAAAUUAGAGAUUCAUCCGCGACUUUACAGCUAGAGGUUCUGGGUUUGGGUUAGCGCUGCGGUCACUAAAAGAUUUCCUGCAUUAAGAGCUGCAGAAAUGUAUUAUUUAGCAGAAAAAUAUUUGCUCUGGGUAUAUAUUAAGUAAAGUCACGGUGCCUCUUAAAUCUUGAGGCCCCACAAACACGACUUUCUACACUCUACGAAUGUGUUAUAUGAAUCAAGUCCAUUCAGAAAUAUAGAAACGCAAGAGACAUAUCGAAAUUUAUAAUUUUGUUGAUAUUUAUAAUGCAGGACAAAGCAAUGCAUACUGUUCAAAUUCAUUAUAUUUGUUAUAUUUACACCAACUUAGAAAAACUUAAAUCUCUUGUGUGUUGAUCACUUUUGCCUAUUUUCAUUGUUGCUCUCUGAAGACUACAUGCUGCAUGCCAACUGAGAACUGAGCGUUAAGUGCUUAAGGUUAGGUGUUAGAUGUAGAGGUUCUACACUAAGUGAAGAAUUGAAAGGAAUAUAUGAUGGAAUUCUAUUUAUGUCUCACGAUGUACUCUACGAAUUGAUUGAUGUGUACAUUUAUUAGUACACAAUGUAAGUCUUGUGCAAUAGAAAGUGUUUGUAGACCUAGCUUUUAAAAAAAAAAUUGAUGGCUUGUAGAUUUUUGUGAUUUAGUUAAGGAUAGCCAAGUGUGGACACAUUAUUUACAAUUUUAAACACACCUGCCAUCUACAUGUGCAAUUCAUUCAAUACAUGUCCCCCAUAUGUAUCAUAAAUGUAUUCCCUACCUUGAUUCAGUUGCAACUUGACGUGUUAUGUUGUUAGCGACUAUCUCCUCUUUGAUGCCUGUAAUAACCCGUGCCUGUGGUGAGUCUAAAUAAAAUCAUUGGUAUUGGUGUUGCUAAUUUUCAUUUUCAUUUCCUGGUUGUUUGACAAAAUUGUAGAGAGUUUAUUCACAUUGUUUGGUCUCAAAUAAAGCUGACACAAAAAAUUAA